AAGAAGAGGAGGAAGAAGAGGCAGAAGAAAAAGAGGAUAAAAAAGAAGAAUCUAAGCCAAAAGAGCAGCACGAUUCUAAUUCCGGUGCAUCAGAGAGCUCAUCGUCGUCUUCGCCGCAACCUAGCUCACCAAAAAUUAACGUCACCGAUCACUAUGAAGAGGGGUCUGAUCAGAAAUCAAAUCUCGAGGAGAACAUGGAAGCCAAGGAGGAUGAUGAUGAAAACGAUGAAAAUGACGAGGUGAUCAGGAAUUCGAGAAGUCCGCAAGAGAAGACAGACAUAUCAUCGCUGAGUGCUCGGCAUUUGUUCGCCUGCAUCGGUGCGGCCGCAGCAGCCGCCGCGGGAGCGACAGUUUCCAUGACGCCCACACCGGAAGAAGAAGAAGAAGAAGAAGAAGAAGCUGCUGCUGCAGGCUCCCCCACGGAUUCUUCAGCAGCAGAAGCGGCGGAUGUGACAGAAGUGGCAGCUCAAAUAGGUGACACUCCCCUAUCCUCUUCCUCCUCCUCCUCCUUUGCCGACCUGAAGCAGCUGGAGAGCGACAAGAAGGCCGUCUACUCGCAUCCGCUCUUUCCGCUGUUGGCUCUUCUCUUUGAAAAGUGCGAACUGGCCACCCAGUCCAUCAACGCCUUUGACUCUGACCCCAGCCUUUCGGCGUUUAACAAUGAGAUUGGCGAGUUCAUUGAGCACCAGCAGAAGCUAGGUCGGCCGCUGCUCACCGACGAUCCAGAGGUGGACUCGCUGAUGAUGCGCUCCAUUCAGGUGUUUCGCAUUCACCUGCUCGAGCUAGAGAAGGUCUCUGAGCUGUGCAAGGACUUUUGCCACCGGUAUAUCUCUUGCUUACGCUCCAAAAUGCGCUCCGAUGUGCUGCUGCGAGGCGCUGGCAGCUCUUCAACGGCUGAUGAUGAGCUUGUUCGAGCUGAAGACAUCCUCUCCGGUAGCACCACCGGUAGUACGACGGCAGCCAUCAGUGCUGCUGCUGCUGCUGCUGCCCGGAAAGUCCCAGCAGCUCACAAGGCCAAAAAGACGUCCGGUGAAAAGCAGUCCACUGGUGGUGGUCACUCAAAACGAGGCGUCCUGCCGAAGCAGGCCACAUCCAUCAUGCGCUCGUGGCUCUUUCAGCAUAUCGUGCACCCAUAUCCGACCGAGGACGAGAAGCGGGCGAUUGCCUCGCAGACGAGCCUCACGCUGCUGCAAGUGAACAACUGGUUCAUCAACGCUCGACGGCGCAUUCUCCAGCCGAUGCUCGACUCGGCGAACACCAUCCACCACGAGCUGGUCGCCUGUUCUGCUGUUACUGGCACACCAGUGAUUACCUCCUCUUCCUCCACCGAGCUGGACCUCUCGCUGAAGGGCGGAACAAAAGCG